UUAUUCUGCUUAACCUAACUUUUUACGAAUUCAAUUCAAGUUCUUGUUUAUGAUUUAUAAAUGCCUUAACAUUAAUUAAAAAUGGAUCAAAAAGUUUGUAUAAAAAAGCAAAAUAAAUCAAUAGAAUUUGAAGAACUGGAGAAGUGUACGAAAGAAGAGCUCAUCGAAAGAAUUAAGACCUUAUCGGCUCACAACACACAAUUAAAAAACAUAAUAGCUAAAACCGUUGAUAACAGUAAUAGACAAGUAGAACAUAAAAACCUAAAGUCGUUCGAUUUUUCCAAAUGUAAUUUAAGACACGUUGCCCUUAAAAUAUUCUAUUUAGGAUGGGACUACAAAGGAUAUGUCACACAGGAAGAUACCACGAAUACGAUCGAGCAUUACAUAUUCGAGGCCUUAAUUAGAACGAGGCUUAUUAAAGACCGUACGUCGUCAAAUUACCACAGGUGUGGACGAACCGAUAAAGGAGUGAGUUCGUUUGCACAAACAAUUUCUAUUGAUGUAAGAAGCAGCUUAACAAAAGACGAGCACGACAGGAUAGAUAAUGAAAUCAACUACUGCAAGAUAUUAAAUAAAGUAUUACCAGACAAUAUACAAUGCAUAGCUUGGAGUCCUGUGAACGCUUCUUUCAGUGCUAGAUUCGAUUGCAAAACGAGGACUUACAAGUACUUUUUCCCAAAAGGGAAUUUGGAUAUAGAGAAAAUGAGGUUAGCUUCUGACAAGCUAUUAGGAACUCACGACUUUAGAAACUUUUGUAAAAUGGAUGUAGGCAAUGGCGUCGUAGAAUUUAUAAGAAACGUUUUGCAAGUAGACAUCUAUCCUGUGAAUGAAAACGACUUGACACAGGAGUAUUCGAUGUACGCAAUAUCGAUCAAAGGAAAAGCAUUCCUUUGGCAUCAAAUACGGUGUAUUAUGGGCAUUUUAUUUCUUAUAGGACAGAAUAAGGAGGAGCCGAGUGUAAUUGAUGAAUUAUUUGACGUUAAGCAAAAUCCCAGAAAACCGGAAUAUAACAUGGCGAACGAAAUCCCACUAAAUUUAUUCUGUUGCGAAUACGACGAUAUAAAAUGGCACUACAACGAAGAAUCUCUAAGUCAAGUUAUCGAUAAACUGAACACAAUUUGGACGUAUUCCGCUGCAAAGGAAAGUAUGAUAAAGGAAAUGGUGCGGGAAUUAAAUGAAGAAUACCUGCGGGUGAAAACACCGGAACUUCAGAAUGAUAAAUAUUUAGGGGAAUGCCUUCUACAGGGCGUAAAAUCUAGGAAAUACACUCCGAUAAUGAAGAGGCCUACCUGUGACAGUCUGGAGGACAAAAUAAAACAUUUUGCAAAGCGAAAUCGGAUCGAGGUUAUCGGCGGGGAACCGGAAAAAUUAAAUAUGUAACAAUUUUUGUUUUGCUUUAAUUUUUUUACAAAAAUACAGUAAAUGUUAUUAAGUUGCCUUCUUU